UCUGGGCAACCUGCAGACUUGGUGCGGAAGGCUUUUGAUUCCGGUAGGAGAUUGUGGCGUCUGGAAGAAUUGCGAUAACAAUAACAACAGAAAAAAAAAACCCCUCCAAGUCUGGAUCCUUUUCCUGUCUGCAGAUGCUGAGUCCAGUAACCUUUGAAGAUGUGGCUGUGUAUUUCACUGAAGGCCAGGGGGCCUUGCUAGACCCAAAUCAAAGAGCCUUGUACAGAGAAGUCAUGAUGGAGACGUAUGAGAAUAUGGCUUCAUUGGGAUUUCCGUUCAUCAAGCCAGCUCUCAUCUCCCAGCUGGAACAGGGAGAAGAGCUGUGGGUGCCAGAGUCUCCAGACUUGGAUGCCGCAGAGAUCUUGGACACCUCAGGUGAGGGAUCAAGAUGAAUACUGGAAAAGAUACUUGAUCCCUGCGUGCGUGAAAUAUUUUGCUCAGGAAUUGAACCUUUGUUGGACACCAGGAACUCCGUACAGCAGAAAAACCUUGCAUUUGCAUAGAGUUUGGGAUGUGUUUUGCUGAGUGGAUCUCAUUUGUUAACCACCACAAGGUUUAUAGAGGAGAAAAACCGUGUAAUUUUAUGGAAUGCUGAAAAAGUUUCCCUUGCCCGUCGGUCCUUGUGAUCCACCAGAGAGUUUACACUGGAGAAAAGCUCUAUCAGUGCCCACAGUGCGUGAAACGUUCUGCUCAAUAACCCACAAAAGAAUCUACACAGGAGAAAAACCAUAUGAAUUCUUAGAGUGUAGGAGUGCUUUACUCAGCACUACCAGCCCAUGAAAGAAUCCAUACAGGAGAAAGACCCUACAAAUGCCCAAAGUGUGAAGAAUGUUUUACUCGCCAGUCAAACCUCAUGACCAACCAGAGGGUUCACAUAGGGGAAAAGCCCUAUAAAUGCCCUUUUUGAAACACAAGCAAGUGGAUUUGGAAGGGAUGCCUUAUGGAUGUUUGGAGAGUGGGAGGUGUUUUGGCCAGCGAUCUCAUCUUGUGACCCACUCAUGAAUUCACUCUGGAGAGAAGCCCUACCAGUGCCUCGAUUGUGGAAAAUGUUUGGCUGACAUCUGCAGCCUCGUGUAACACAAGAGGAUUAUGAAGGGAGAGAAUUCGUAGAAAUAUUAAAAUCGGUGGGCUCAUUUUUGCUCACUGCUUUGACCUCAGGACUACUGGAGCAGAAUCUUAUAAUUAUUUAAAAUGAUAUAGGCAAACUAAAGACAUUUGCUUUUAACAGCUCAAAUUUUAGCAAUUUCUCUUCCCUCUCUCCCCCACCAGCAGAAAAUUGGCUCAUUAGUGAACCAUUCCUGCUUUGCAGCUUCAUGGGAAAGUGACAUUUUCUUUUAUCUGAUUGCUAUUUGUCAUAAUUAACUUCUGCCAGUUCUUCAUUACUGAGUGAUAUCUCAUUUGUUAGAACCAUCAUUAUGGGUUUGGACCCAAGAAAGUUCCUGUGUCCAUGGAGAUAGUGGGCAAAAGUCUUGGUUUCCUGAGAGGCCAGCAUAGGGAUGAAGCCCAAUUUUUUCCUCAUAAUCUUCCAGAGGUGCCACCAUUUUGGUGCAAUGCAUUCCGUGCUGCCAGUCUACCUGGGUGAGCUACAAUGCAUUAAAUAAAGUGCUAGCAAUCCCUUUGGCAGCCAGAGGCACUUCUAUCUGUGAGGUUCCUCCUGUGUUGUGAAGAGAUGGGGAAGCGUAUCUAUGGUCGAUUCCCCACUUACCAUCUGCUGCGUGCUAAUCUCACCAAGUAGCACGGGGUCCCGUGGCACUCCCCACUACAGGGGUGGCAACAAUGCAGC